AGUGAAAAAUUGUGAUCAGCAACAUUCACCAUUCAACAGUUGGUUUCUAUUGCUUAGAAGUUAAUGUUGCUCCAAUCCAAAUUACUCUGGUAUUUUUUCAUCCUGUUUUUACCCUCUCUAAUUCAACAGUGUACUUCCCGUGACCGCAUUCAAUGACAUUUCAAGAUGUCUUCUAGUCAAGAUCAUCGUUUAAGACUAUCGUGUUCCACCAACAGUUCAUCAGAUGAUGGAAAUUACGCUGAUGGAACGUGUGAAAUUAAUACUCCAACAACCACGACAACUGCCGUUCACGCCAUAAUACCAGUAUCUAACUAUAAUGGAUCUGCUGAUGAUCCUGUUUUCACUUCGGUUAAUUGUAUGAGUCAAGAAGUGGAUAUAACGGCUUUAAAUGUAGAUUUUAUGCCAGAAAGAAGAAUCAUUGAGACUCAUUCCGAGACUAAACCUUUAAUUCACUCUUCCAACUUUCCUAGUGAUCAUGAUUCUCCAGCCAAUUUGACUUCAAAUACUUUAACUUUCAUGCAAUUAAUAAAAGCAAACAUUGGUACUGGAAUAUUGGCCAUUCCAAAUGCUUUUGCUAAUUCUGGUCUUAUAUUGGGUACUGUUGCCCUGCCAAUUCUUGGUUUCAUCGCAAUUCAUUGUAUGCACUUGUUGGUCAAUUCUCAUAACAAAAUAUGCAAUAUAUUGGGAUACAGGGCCUUAGAUUACCAAGAAGUGGCCGAAAAAGCACUACAACUAGGUCCCAGGUGCUUACGAAGUAAAGCGAUAUGGGCUCGUCGGGCUGUGGUCCUUUUUUUAAUCAUAACACAGCUAGGAUUUUGCUGUGUAUACUCUUUGUUUGUUGCUUCAAAUUUAUCGAUUGUUAUUCGUGUCCUGUUUGGCUACCACUUACGUGUUGAACUAUUGUUAAUCAUUGAGCUUCCCGUUAUGAUUUUAUUUAAUCUUAUUCGAAAUUGGAAACAUUUAGCUAUUAUUUCAACCAUUGCUAACAUUUUACAAACCAGUGGUCUUAUAUUUGUUUUUUACGAUCUCUGUCAAAAUUUACCUCCUAUCUCAAGUAGACCUGCUAUCAACGACGUCGAAAAACUUCCUCUUUAUUUUGGAAUAGCUAUUUACGCCUUUGAAGGAAUCGGUUUAGUGUUACCUUUGCGAAAAGAGAUGAGACAUCCAUCUGCUUUGGGUGGAUUCGCUGGUAUUCUUAACCUUGGUAUGGGCGUAGUGCUAUGUCUCUACACAGGAAUUGGAUUUUUUGGUUUCCUCAAGUACGGACCUGGAGUCCAGGGCAGUAUAACCAUGAGCUGGCCUCCGGAAAAAAAAUAUGCUAUUGUACAAUUAAUGUUCACGAUAGCCAUUUUUCUAUCUUAUGCGGUACAAUUUUAUGUACCAAUUAACAUUAUGUGGCCUUACUUUGCGACUAAAUACGAAUUGGUUUCUGGUGAAAGGAAAACCAUUCUCUUGGAUACUGUUCUUCGAACUUUAUUAAUAUCAUUGACAUUCCUUAUUGCUCGACUUGUACCUGAACUGGAUACCGUCAUUUCCUUGGUCGGUGCUCUUUCUGGUAGCUGUCUUGCUUUAAUAUUUCCACCUCUUAUCGACAUCAUUGUUAAUUGGGAUAAUCCUUUUACAGCCAAAUGGACUCUAAUUGUAAUUAAAGACGCCGUCAUUUCAUUGUUUGGAAUCUUAGGUUUUUUCACUGGUACUUAUGCAAGUACGCUGCAAAUUUUGAAAAAGACAUGAUGACAUUCGGACAAUUGCUUCUAAAUCUUGUAUUAUUUAUGUUAAAAUUUCUCUCUGUUCAUUUUUCUCACCAUUCAUUGAUUCAUUCUCUUGCCACAAGAUUGUAUCAGAAUUAUUUUUUAUAACUUGUCAAAUUUCGUUUCUUUUUUAAUGCAUCAUUAAAAUUGAUUGAUUUACAGAAAAA